UGUAACAGAGCACCUAAGUCGACCUCCUAAAGACUGGCUCCCUCCUCCCCGGCUGUCUGAUGAAGCCCCAGCAUAUAUAGAGUAUACUCAUGGUGGUAAAGAUGGCAGUGUGAUGGGGGUUACUGUCACUAGGAACAAUAUGUUAUGUCACUGUAGAACCCUCACUGUAGCUUGUAAUUAUACAGAAGGGGAGGUUAUGGUAUGUGUAUUAGACUUCAAGAAAGACGUAGGACUAUGGCAUGGUAUUUUAACAAGUGUCUUCAAUGGCAUGCAUGUAAUCUUUGUCCCAUAUUCUCUGAUGAAAGUUGACCCUGCUUCCUGGAUGAAGAUGGUCACAAGAUUUAAAGCAACAAUAGCAGUGGUGAAGUCCCGGGACAUGCAUUGGGGCCUGCUAGCUCAGAAGGACCAUAAAGAUGUCAACCUGUCCUCGUUACGUAUGCUGUUGGUGGCUGAUGGUGCUAACCCAUGGUCGCUGACAUCCUGUGAUUCUUUCUUGAAUGUCUUCCAAAACAAAGGUCUCCGCCCAGAGGCAAUAUGCCCAUGUGCAAGCUCUUCAGAAACACUGACAGUCUCCGUUAGAAGACCUGGUCGUACCAGUGCCAGUGCCACAGGACGAGGAGUGUUGUCCAUGCAAGGGUUAAGUUAUGGUGUUGUGAGGGUGGACUCUGAGAACAGCUUGACCUCUCUCACUUUACAGGACUGUGGUCAGGUCAUGCCGGGUGCUACAAUGGUUGUGGUGCGCAUUGAUGGACCCCCAUACCUAUGCAAAACAGAUGAGGUUGGGGAGCUGUGUGUCAGUGCAGCAUACUCGGGCUCCGGGUACUGGGGACUGCAAGGCAUUACAAGUACUUACUUCAAGGUUCAACCCCUCACUGUAGAUGGCAGACCAGUAAGAGAGAACCAUAUGUUUGUUAAAACUGGGCUACUUGGGUUUCUGGGUCCUGGUGGAUUGAUAUUUGUGUGUGGUAGCAGAGAGGGGCUAAUGACAGUUACUGGCAGACGACACAACACAGAUGACAUCAUUGCAACAGUUCUAGCUGUGGAACCUAUGAAGUUCAUUUACAGGGGGAGGAUUGCAGUGUUUUCAAUGACGGUGCUAAAAGACGAGCGCAUUGUAGUGAUAGCAGAACAGAGGCCAGACUGCUCGGAAGAAGAGAGUUUCCAGUGGAUGAGCCGUGUGCUACAAGCUGUGGACAGUAUACACCAGGCUGGGGUCUACUGUCUGGCCCUGGUCCCACCUAACUAUCUACCCAGGACUCCUCUGGGAGGUAUUCACAUACACGAGACAAAGAAACGUUUCCUCGAGGGAUCUCUCCACCCAGCCAAUGUACUGAUGUGUCCACAUACCUGUGUUACCAACCUGCCAAAACCAAGAGAACAUCACACUGGGGAUGUAGGUGCAUCUGCUAUGUAUGUAGGUAAUAUAGUCCAGGGGGCCAGGCUGGCUUGGGCUCAGGGAAGAGAUAUUGGCUACUUAGAUGAUGACAGCGACUCAGCAAAAAAAGUAUCAGUUCCUGGCUGAAAUAUUACGCUGGCGGGCAGAGGCCACCCCUAACCACCAACUGUUCACAGUGAUGAAUG